AUAGUAAUAUAAAUAAAUGCCAGCCAUACUGACGAGAUUCCAGUUUACAUCUACCAAGUGGUAUUAUUCUUCUCUCUUCUUCUCUUCAUCUUCCUUUGUGCCUUUCUACAACCUGCAGAUCUUCUAAAAGUUCUCUUCUUAAUAUCUUCUCUUCAUUGACUUAAACACAGAAAGAAAGUUAUCAAGAAACUAUUUUUCCGAAAAUAUUCGCUAUGGAAUUCACUAGUCUGCUGGAUACUUCAUUGGAUCUUAACGCCAAACCUCCCAGGAUUUUUGACGGCAACCCGGUACUGAAACAAGAGGUGCCAAGUGAUUUCAUUCAGUUGGGAAGAAAUGUAGCAGUGAAAGAAGAGAAAGGUGCCUUAAUUGAAGAGCUAAAGAGGGUGAAUGAAGAAAACAGGAAACUUACAGAAUUAUUAACAGUUAUCUGUGAGAAUUAUAACGAACUGAAAAAACAGUUAACGGAGUAUACAUCCAAAAAUCCUGCGUCAAAGAAGAGAAAAGCAGAAAGCAGCAUCAACAAUGGCAGUAUUAAUCAUGGAAUCAACAGCCAUGAUGACAGUAGUUCAAGUGAUGAAGAUUCAUCCAAGAAACCUAGGGAAGAACACAUAAAAGCUCAGACUUCUCGGUUUUAUGUACGUGCAGCAGCAUCUGAUACAAGCCUUAUAGUUAAGGAUGGAUAUCAAUGGAGGAAAUAUGGACAAAAGGUCACAAGGGACAACCCUUCUCCAAGAGCUUACUUCAAGUGUUCUUUUGCUCCAACUUGUCCUGUCAAGAAGAAGGUUCAAAGAAGUAUAGAUGAUCAAUCUAUUCUAGUUGCUACUUAUGAAGGGGAGCACAACCAUCUUCAACCCUCAAAAAUUGAGGCUGCUUCGGGCUCCAACCGUUGCGUGAUACUCGGCAAGACCCCGACCUCUGUGAGCUCGUCCGGGGCAACCGCUGCACUCGAUCGUACAAAACCAAAACAAAAUGCUGAUAAUGCAAGAAAUUCAAUCAGAAAAAUUGAUUCACCAGAAUUCCAACGAUAUUUUGUGGAACAGAUGGCUUCUUCACUAACGAAAGAUCCCAAUUUCACAGCAAGCAUUGCGGCUGCCAUUUCGGGGAAAUUUCUUCAGAAAAAUCCAGAGACAGGAAAAUCGUAGGAGCUCGAACGAAGGAGUUUGUGGGGGAUACUUUUGGGUCGUCCUUCUAUAACGUGGGACGUUGAAAAGAACCAGUUUAGACACAAAUUAACAUUAUGACAUGAUCAUGAUCAAGUGGUUGAAACGGAAAAAUUUGGUUCGAUUUCUUGACCCAAUUCGUUGAUCUGACCAAAACACUUCCGGGCUUGGCCUCAUGAAGCUGUGGUUAGACAUUAUGCUGAGGGUUUUGUAUGAGCAAAAAAGCCACAAUGCUUGAUUCCACCACAGUUUGCAAAAGCUUGCUUGUGGAGAUGUCGGUCAUCUAGCAUAGAAUUUCUUUUAUGGGGAACACAUAUCAGAAGAUUCCAAAUGGAAAUGUAAAAUUAUUCUGUUAUUCACUAA